UACACUGCGCCUGCGUGUUCUCAGCAGAAGAAAAAAAGAACUCGAGUGUUUUCGGUUUUGAUAAGUUUUUAUGAGCGCAGUGUCUGAAGCUGAUUGGGCGGCGGCAGAAAAAGGAAGUAGGCUAAAAAGCAUGUUGUGUUAUUCUCCAGCGGAAACCAGAGAAAACGCAGGUCGAGUGGCGACAAUGUGAGACAUUCACCGACAAGAUCAAAGACAGCUGCUAACACACCGACAUGGAUCAUGCAAGACCACAGGACACUCAGCAGAGCAAGGGCUCCAUGUUGAGACACAGGGAACACAGUGAUGAGCCUGUCGACAAGAGGCCCACUGACAGCUCCGCGUCUCCCACUCAGGAUGAGAAGAGGCUGAUCAGAAGAGUGCGAAGUCCAUCCAGACCGAGGGCAUGGCUGUCCAGUUCUUACAAACCCAAGUUUGGAGGGCGAUUCUACAGACCUCGAUUUCCAAGGGACGACCACUCGUUCUACAAACCUGGCUUCAGCAGCCAUAGGUACCACCACUUCAACCCUCGGGGUUACUUCCACCGGAAAGAUCAUUUCCACCAUAAACUUCACCACAUUGCACUGAAGGAGAGGGAACGAGAUAAGGAGAGGGAACGGGACAAGGAUAGGGACCGGGAUAAGGACAGGGAACGGGAUAAAGAGAAGGAGCGGUACGAGCAGAGGGAGAGCUCUGAAGGAGGUUCGCCUUCAAAAUCAACCAACACUACCAGACCGUUCGUAUCCAGAUCGACUUCCAGCAGAGACAAGGACACACAGUUCAUCUUCCUUUGCAUCUCUGGGAUCUUUUUGUGUCUCUUUGAGGUUUGUCAGAGCGACAGGAACCAAAGCAGGGAGAGAGACCACAGGGGGACCAAGAGCAAAGAAAGAGAAUGGAGCAGAGACAGGGAGCUCCCUUCAACUGCGAGCCAGACGGCGACACGAGACAGAGCCAUCCAACAGAAGAGGAGGGAGAUAGAUGAGGUGUACUAUCAGGAAUGUGAAAUGUUUGGCCUUGUGGCAAAGAUGCUGAUAGCAAAGGAUCCGGCCCUGGAGCGCCCCAUCCAGGCCGCACUGCAAGAGAACCUCAGGGACAUCGGCAAGCGCUGUUUGGAAGGCAUGGAGAAAUUUAUAGAGGACUAUGACUCCAGGGAGCUGUCUCACUAAUCAGAGACACGCAGAGUCUUCCUGACAUUGAUCCUGUUGGUAUAAAUGUUGAGAAUUUUUUUUCCAUGUGAUUGUUGUUUGUCUCUGUGUUUGCUACUAGAAGUCAUGAGCUCGCACAUUCUGGUCUGCUGCCUGGACAAAUUCCCCCUCUGUGCUCUGCUCAGCCUCAUGGUGAGAAGCACUGGUGAAGAAAUUAAAAGUAAACUCUGAUUGUGUGAUAAUGAUGUUUUCAUACUGCUUCUAAUUUUGAGAAUUUGAUUUUGAUAAUGAAACAAAUACACUGGUUGUAUUGCUUUAAGUGUCCUUAUGAAGAAGUCAAAACUGUAUUUUGGCAUCUGACUGACAGGCUUAAUUUAUUAUCACUCGCUUUUCAAUGAUUGUAUUUUGUUUACAAUGUAUUAACUGUGAUUAAAACUGUUUUCAGUGA